AUGGACUACUCCUAUUACAGCGGACCCAGAUCGCAACCCUACUCACUCUAUGGGUUGCCCACCCCGAACCAGCAACCCCCGCAAGAUGAAGCCUUCGCUCCCCUAAAUAAUUUCAACCAGAAUUUCCCUGGCUUUGACCCCUCAUUCCGACUCGACCCCUCCCAAUCCUUUGUCCCGCCACCGCAUUCACCGCCAGAGUCUUUCACCAAGCACUCAGAGUCAAGCGACGCCAACAACCAACACACAGACCCCAUCUCAUUCGAUGGCGACGAAGCCAACCUCGCAGACCCCCUCAGAAGCAGCAGCGAAGAAAAGGACUCAGUGCCAGCGCAAAGCAAGCGCAAAGCCCAGAAUCGCGCAGCCCAGCGAGCAUUCCGCGAAAGAAAAGAACGCCAUGUGAAAGACCUCGAAGACAAAGUCAACAACCUCGAAACAGCAUCCGACACCCUCCACGCGGACAACGAGCGUCUCAAGCGCGAACUGGCAAAAUAUACAACCGAGAAUGAAAUCCUGCGCGCAACAUCUAAUACGAAUCGCGCGCAUGGAAAUAUAAAUGAAUCCCCCGAACCAACGGUCACAGGACCAAUGCGCUACUCGCCUACGGAUUUCUAUACAAGUCUUGUUCCAGAUGGAUCUGCUUUGCCUAGGAGUCCACAGCAUCGGGUCACGGUGUGCCAGAUUACUGGUGAGAAAUUGCUGGAUGCUGGUGCUACGUGGGAUUUGAUCCAGGGGCAUGAGUUGUUUAAGCGUGGUCAGGUUGAUAUUGCUAAUGUGACUGAGAUCUUGAAGGGUAUGGCACAGUGUGAUGGGCAGGGCCCGGCUUAUAAAGAGGGUCAGGUACGGCGGGCUAUUGAGGAGAGUGCGGCUAUGGAUCGGGAUGAAUUGAUUUGA